GGGAGGGAGGGAGAUGACAGCGCCGUGAAGAAAAGCAGGGCCCCCGCCGCCCGCCCCGCCGCACCGCACGACCGGGCCCUCGCGGCGGAAGGAGCAGCCGGUGGCCGAAGCGAGCUGUGCCGUCUCCAGCGUUCCCAUCCCACCGCCCAGCUCUGGGGCGCUGCCAGGCGGAGGCAGACGGGGUGACGACGUGUUUCCCGGCGCGGGGAAGAAAAGCGUUCGGCCAGAACCACCUGGGAAGGGAUGCUGCGGGACGGCAGGUGCCCUGCAGAUAGCCCAGGGCAUCAGGUGCCUGCCUGGGGGAUCCUCUGAGGACAACAUGGACAUGCAGAGGACACAAAAGGUGUAGCUCCCUCACUCACCGUCCCAAUGGAGAGGAGAUCAGCUUUGCCCCAGGAUUUUCGGGAGGUGCUGCACUGCCUGAAGAUGAGGAGCAAGUAUGCCGUGCUGCUGGUGUUCGUGGUGGGGCUAGUCAUCAUCGAGAAGGAAAACAACUUCAUCUCCAGGGUGUCGGACAAGCUGAAGCAAUCCCCGCAGGUGCUGCCGGAGGCCAACGAGACAGAGGCCAGCCCAGUGCAGGCUGAGAACGGGUCUCUGGCCUCACUGCGGCAGCUGGACACAGCCUUCUCACAGCUGAGGACGCGGCUGCGCAACGUCACCUUGCAGUUGGCUGGGGAGCUGGGCAUAGCAGCCCCAGAGCCGCGGCGGCAUGUCCUGCUGAUGGCCACCACACGCACCGGCUCCUCCUUCGUUGGGGAGUUCUUCAACCAGCAGGGCAACAUAUUCUACCUCUUUGAGCCCCUGUGGCACAUCGAGAGGACGGUCACUUUUGAGCCAGGGGGGGCCAACGCGGUGGGCUCGGCCCUGGUGUACCGCGACGUGCUGCAGCAGCUCCUCCUCUGUGACCUCUACAUUCUGGAGAGCUUCAUCUCACCAGCGCCCGAGGAGCACCUAACUGCUGCCCUGUUCCGGCGGGGCUCCAGCCACUCACUCUGUGAGGAGCCCGUCUGCACACCCAGCCUCAAGAAGGUCUUUGAGAAGUACCACUGCAAGAACCGCCGCUGCGGGCCUCUCAACAUCACGCUGGCAGCUGAAGCAUGCCGGCGCAAGCAGCACAUGGCCUUGAAGACGGUGCGCAUCCGGCAGCUGGAGUUCCUGCAGCCCCUGGCCGAGGACCCGCGGCUGGACCUGCGCAUUAUCCAGCUGGUGCGGGACCCACGUGCCGUGCUGGCGUCGCGCAUGGUGGCCUUCUCGGGCAAGUACGAGAGCUGGAAGAAGUGGGCGGCCGAGGGGGAGGCCCCGCUGCAGGAGGACGAGGUGCAACGGCUGCGGGGCAACUGCGAGAGCAUCCGGCUGUCGGCCGAGCUGGGACUGCGGCAGCCGCGCUGGCUGCGAGGCCGUUACAUGCUGGUGCGCUACGAGGACGUGGCACGGGCGCCGCUGCGCAAGGCGCUGGAGAUGUACCGCUUCGCCGGCAUCCGCCCCACGCCACAGGUGGAGGAGUGGAUCCGCGCCAACACACAGGCACCACAGGACAGCAACGGCAUUUACUCCACGCAGAAGAACUCCUCGGAGCAGUUUGAGAAGUGGCGGUUCAGCAUCCCCUUCAAGCUGGCGCAGGUGGUGCAGGAUGCCUGCGAGCCGGCCAUGAGGCUCUUUGGCUACAAGCUGGCCAGCAGUGCGCAGGAGCUGACCAACCGCUCGCUCAGCCUGCUGGAGGAGGGGCCCCCCACACGGAUCACGUAGUGUGGCACCGCUGCCCCCGUAUGCCCGGCCGGCCCGAGGUGACCCUGUGCCAUGGACUAGGAACCGGGGUGUCCUCGCAAUAGCGAUGGGUUCUUGGGAAGGGCGAUCAGGAGAUGGCACAGGGAUGCUGUGGCAGAGGGGUGAAGCUGUUUAGUUCCUCUCCCGAUGGAAGGAUGAGACCCUGCAAUUGAAAACCCAAGCACAGUGGGUGCCCAGAGCCCUGAGCACAACCUGACCCGUGUGCCAGCUCCAGCGGUGCCUUCUCAUUUCUGCAGAGGGCCAUUGAGCGAAGCACAGGAGAACUGGAAUUUGCAGCCAGGAAUCCAUAGCCACAACCAGGGGACAAUUUACUGGGAGUGUUCAGCGAUCUGGAGGUUUUCCAGUGCCACCAAACACAAUGAGCACUCCUGGGUGGACUCCAGCACGGGAAGCAGUGUCGUUGCCCCAUGGGCACAUGCUCUCUGCGUUUUCCAGUGUUGUGCAACGAGUGCCAGCAGCAUGGUGUGCCAGCACCAGCAGGGACUUCAACCUCAAAGGCCUUACUGGUUUAGUGCCUUGGUACCAGCACAGACUGGGAGCUGCCUGCAGCAGGACGAGGUGGCCCCUCAGUUCGUGCUCUGCAGUGCUGAUUGUUGGGUGUGUGGGGGGGUCCUUUUGAUUUAUUUUCUACAUUUUUCUCUGUGUACCGGGGUUGUGGAGCAAAUUUAUUUAUUUAUUAUGUUUAAAACAACAAAGGCAAAGGAGGGGGUGGGGGGAAGGUACAUCAGGGGUCAGAGCUAAGCCCAAAAAUCAGAGCAGCACAAUGUGCUGCAGAGACCUACCGAGGAGGUGGUGGGAGCGCAGCCCACAGGAGGCCUCCAGGGAUGGGAUGAGUUAUGGAUGCAGUUCCCGGGACACCUGGCUGCAGCAAGACAGCAAUGGGGAUGCUAUGGUGACCUCACACAGGGUGAAGGUGCUCUCCAGAGCCCACAGCUUGCCCCAGAAUGACCAAACCUUGGCACCUGGUGGGAGCUUGUUCACUUGACUUCAUUAGAAAUGGGCAAAAAAGCAAUACAAAGGAGCAGAGUCCAAAACAUCUGUCUUGUUGGUGUUCAUCCCCCCCCUCAGUCCCAGAGCCCACAAAAGGACCCAGGAAUUUGCCACUGAGCACGGGUACAAGCUUCACAGGUUUUUGGAGCAAAGAGAGCAAUUUAAUGGAAGUUCAUGUUUCAGACAUUCUGCAGAGCACCUGGCUCAGGGUGGCCAUGGUGUCCCCAGAGUGCUCAGUUCCAAGCAGCACUCGACCACUGCCAAGUCCUCCUAAUUCCAUCAGUGCCAGCAUCACUCUUUUCCACAGGGCUAAUUGCCUUUAUAUUGCCCCAGAAGAAGUCAACCAAAGGCCGGUCGGGGAGUAAACCCCACAUAGGCAAGAGGGGGAAGCAAGCAGCAGGGAGCCACUGAUGGGCAUGGACAGGAUGGGGAUUUGGGGAGCAGCAACCCUGGCGUCAACAAUACAGGCACACCGUGAACGCAACCCCUACGCCACAAAGCUGACUCUGAGCACAUCCCUCCCUGCUGAGCAAGGGCUGCACACCCCAUGGAGAAAGCAAGGGACUCUGCUGUCCCCACAGUGCUUGGCACGGCCACCCAUGGCUCAGCCCCACCGCCAGUACCAUUAGACAAAAGCAAAAAUAAAUAAGUGAAAAUCAGCCGCUGGGACCGCCCAGACUCCAGCAGCAAGCUGCAGCUCAGCGUGCGCACAAAGCCACGUUUUCGACCCAGAGCAGAGAACAGAGGUAGCAUUGAGCAGUGCAGAGCAGCCGGUGGGGAGCAGCCAUGCCAUUGCCUCAGCAGCCAUCCUCCUGCAUCGGCGGGGUUUGCCUUUCUCCCAUUGCUUUGCUUGCAUCUGGCCUCAAUAUGCAACAGGGCCAGGGCACAGAACACUGCCUGGCUCAGGAGAGGGUGCAGAAGCAGGGAUUUUUACAUGUAGUCCGUGCAUUUAGGUGGGUUGGUCUCCUCACCCACCCCACAGACACAAAGCUCCCGGCACGAGGAGCAUCCUGGCUUCCCCAGUGAAUGGUGUUUUGUUUGGGAGCUUCCUGCUGGGAAGGCAGCAGGGUGCUGGGAUUGGAAGCACAUCCCGCAGCUGCACGCCGGGAUGGGGGCAGUGCAUGGUGCCACUGAGCUGUUGGCACGGCAAGGGCACUGCCACGGCACAAAGCAGGCGGAAUGCAAACAAGCAGCCCCUUUUGUGGGUAGUUGGAAGCGCACAGAGGAGCAGGGCUGAAGGAGCAGAGCUUUAAACUCCCAGGAGCAAACAGCAGAGGAAGGCUAUUUAGGCUCCAACAAGGUCCUUUCUGUGCUCGCCUCCAUGUAAGGGUACCCGUCGCUUUAGCCUGGGCUUCCGUGAAGCAAAUAAACAGAGAUUAAAUGAAACACAACACAAGGCAAAGGCAUCUCUGACUGACAGACCCAGAAACGGGGUUUCAGAAGGGCCCCAGCGUCCUCAGCCCAUUCCCACUGUGCAUGGAGGAGGCAGACAGGUGGGCAAACUGAAGGGUAUGCAGGGCAGGGCUGGGUGAGCCAUGCUGAUGUAGGGCAAGGAGCGGGUCCAGCCCCUCUUACCUGCAGCAUGGCAAUGCCUGGCUCCGGCCUGCCCUUUCCAGCUGAGCAGCAGCAUUUCUUCCUGGACACCCUCCAGCUUCCACUCAAAAAUGUCAUAGGACAUAAAGAAAAUGUGCCCCCAGCCCAUGCGGAUUUUCACAACAACUAAUUGCUCUCAUUAAACACAUGUAGCCAUGACGCCCACAUGGAAUUUGCACUGUGUGGUGCCAGGCACACUGGGACAGACACGUGGCUCCUCCAAGGCUAAAGCAGCAAGCAGGACCUCGCUCUGGUCUUUCCCCAUAUUGGGAAUGGCAGGCGUUUGGGAGAAAAGGUGUGUAUUUUCAGCAAGAAGCACCACCAGGGCAUGAGAUCAUACCUAAUGGUAAGGGGGCUGGGGGCUGCAGACGUGGACAUUCAGCAUUAAAUGACAGCCUUGUGUUC